AUGGAAUCGAACAAGGGACAGGAAACUUUUGGAGUUGGCGGACUAGUCAACCUCCAUGGAAAGAUAGAGAUGGUUGACGACUCUCUAACGCUUAACGAGGAAUUCAAGAAAAACGUUGCCAUACCUUAUUUCAAGGAUAUUUAUAAGGACCUAGUUCAGUGGUCUGAUUAGAAAUCUAAAGGUAUCAAUAAAGUCUCAAUUCUGACUUACUCUCAAUUACCCGGUAUUAUUGGAGAGAGAUUCUGCUCAGUUCUAGAUCUAAGCGGAGAUGGGUACAUAGACUUGAAAGAGUUUGUUCACGGGUUUUUCAAAGUUUACUAUUCGAAUCUAGACACAAAGAUCAAACUUGCCUUUGACAUGUAUGACUUUGAUAAGGAUGGAUAUAUCAAGAAAGAAGAUGUGAGACUUGUCUUGUCUCAUAUUCCCAUUGAAAAGACAAUCAUAGGGAAUAUUCAAGGAGAAGGAAGAUUCACCAGCGAAGGUGGAGGAAAAGAAGUAUUCCUUGAUAGAAUCUAGACCCAAGAGGAGAUUCACAGACUCAUUGAAGAAGUCUUUGGAGAUAGAAAGAGAUUAUCAUUAGAGGAAUUCCAGUAAAUCAAUGAAGAAGUCUCGUCAGAAAUGUUUUUAUCCAUAAUGAUUUUGCUACAAUCCUCUUUACCGUGCAGUGAGAAUUUUUACAGAUAUAAGAAAAACUACGAAAAAUUCGUGAAUUAGGGUCCCAAAUCAUCUGAGGGAUCUUCACCAAAGCCAACAUCUAGUGCAUCAAUGCAAAAUGAGCUAACUGUCAAACGACAAAUUGCUAGUCCCAAGAUAAUGAGCAAGCUAUCACCUAUUUAAACAAUGUUUGGUAGAGGUGGAUUAUAAACCAGUUCCGUACUUUAGAAAUAUAGUGGAUAGGCAUAAAAUUAAAACCAAGAUGUUUAAAUGUCUGAUCCUUAGGCUGAGGAGCAAGUUGGUGAAGAUAGAAUUAAUUCAAUCACAAUUAGCUAGUUUAAGUCAAAUAAGCUUUCCUAGAUUGAUAAGAGACAAAGAAUGGAGGAAGUUGAGAAAAUGAGAAAAGGAGGUUAUGACGAACCAGGUUCCCCAGCCAGAUUUGAUGCCAUUAGAUUACCAAACUAAAUGCAAAGCCAAAUUAAAUCUAUUGGAGACACAAGAGUUCAACUUAAAAGUUAAUGUAUAAUGUCUCCUACAAAUAUUUUGGCUGGAAACAAGAAAAUGGAUGGAUUCUUUCACUCAGAUGACAAAAAUUCAGUUUAAAUCGAGGGAGAAAUGAUAAGAAAGGCAACUGAGACAAAGCUUAAAAAGUAUUGGUAUUGCUUGCUUGGAAAGGAAUUAUAUGUCUAUAAAAAUAAGCAUGAAGAUAAACACAAGGGAAUGCAUAAUUUGAUCGGUGUCUUUAUCAAGGAUGAACCUGAGGAGCAUCUCGAUGCAAACACCACUCUCUAUCCAUUCAAAUUAAUCUUUCCUCCUAAUAAGGUCAGAACUUAUUAUCUCCUUACAUUAGAAGAUAAAGAUAGAUGGAUCAAGGCAAUUAAGAAAGUUAUUGGAUAUUCCAGUCUAAAUGAUUUCUAUGAGAUUAAAGAAACUCUCGGUAAAGGUAAAUUUGGGCUAGUUAAAUCAGCUGUUCACAAAAAAACUGGCAAAGUUGUAGCUGUUAAAAUCAUGUCAAAGAAGGAAAUGACAGUGUCAGAUGUAGAGCUUUAAAGAAGAGAAAUUGAAAUCCUAAAGAUGUGCUAACAUCCUUACAUCAUCAGAUUGUUAGAUAUUUUUGAGAAUCAAGACUAUAUUCACAUUGUCAUGGAAAACUUAAGUGGAGGAGAUCUUUUUACAUACUUGGAGAAAAGAAAAUUCACAAUUCCUGAAAGCAGAGCUAAAAUCAUAGCUCAUUAAAUCUCGACUGCACUUUACUAUUUACAUUCAUUUGGUGUUGCACACAGAGAUUUAAAGCCAGAAAAUAUAUUGAUGGUUGAUAAUGGAGAAAAUACAGAUUUGAAGAUUGUAGACUUUGGUCUCUCAAAGAUCAUUGGACCAAAUGAGACCUCUCUUGAUCCAUUUGGAACUUUAGUAAGAAUUAUAUCACUUUAUACCUUUUAGUCUUAUGUUGCUCCCGAGGUACUAUUGCAAAAGCCUUAUGGAAAAGAGGUUGAUUUGUGGAGUAUUGGAGUUAUCAUAUAUCUCCUACUUAGCAGAGUUCUGCCAUUUGAUGAUGAGGAUGAUAGAGAAAUUGCUAGGUAAACUAUUUAUGAUCCACCCGAUUUCUCCUUCCAUCCAUGGGAUAAAGUAACCAAGGAGGGAUUAUUGGAAAAGAACAGACACAAAAGACCAGGUCUUGAGGAGGUCCUCAAUCAUCCAUGGUUCGGAGAAUUCAAAGACAUCCAUAACUUUAGAAAUCAGGCAGAUGGUGAGAGCAAAUUCCAGGCCUAUUGUCUAACAGAGCCAAACUCUCCCAAGAUUAAGGAAGAGAUUGAAAAAUAUUCAUACCCCUAGUGA